ACGCAGGCUGUGACACAAACGCACCAAGAUGGCGCCGUCCAAGUCGGGCGAGUUACUGGCCCGAGUCAAUUUUCCUCUGUAUUCGCUAAAUGUAAUCACGGAAAGGCACAUACUUGUCGCAGGAGGCGGCGGGAAGUCGAGGACAGGCAUACCAAACAAGAUUGAGAUAUACGAGCUGGUCCCAACGAAGACGACAUGCAAAGCAGAGCCAGUGACGCGCUAUCCGACGGGCGACUGCGCCAUCAUGAACUCAACCGUGUUCUUCCACAAAGGGCGCAAGAGCUUCGCGUUGGCUGCAGGCGCCGAUGAACACUGCCAAAUGUAUAACAUGCGCUACUGCCUCCUCGAGGACUGUCAGGAAGAGGACGGCGACGGGAGGUUCGAACGCGACAGAAGAGGCUCAUCGACGGCACUGCGACGAAGGCGACGGUCAGAGUCCACAUCAUCGUCCAAGGAUUACGGCGGGGGUGACAGGCCAGAGAAAGUGGAGAAUGGCACUGCCAACGGCGUGGUGCAUGAAAUCGCAGACUCGGCUAAACCGGAGCCGGACACAAAUGCCAACAGCGUCCGGAUUGGCUUCUCCAUCCGCCCAGACACAAGCUUCCAGACGGAUUUUUCCACGAAACAGGAGCCAUUCCAGAAAGUGGUGCGGUUCGCACCGGAAACGGAGAUCCUCUUCACGGGUGGUGCAGAUGGUUGCCUUCGAGCCUGGAAGUAUCCCCAGUACAAGAUGAUAUACAAAGUGCAAGCCCACGAAGACGAGCUUGACGACCUGUGCAUCUCACCAGACGAAAGCAAGGUGGUGACGGUGUCUCGGGAUGGCCAUGGCUAUGUCUGGGACGCCGUGGAUGGCAAGCAGGUGUGCGAGCUUACCUUUGUGGCACCUGGCAACAGCUCCGAGAAGUACCUCUUCAGAGCAUGCAGGUUUGGAAUCGUCGAGGGGGACAAGAGUAAUUACCGCCUGUUCACAAUAUCCAACGCCGCAGUGCGAAAGAAGCCUGCCUCGCGUUGCUACCUGACAAAGUGGGACAUGCGGAGGCACGUUUCCGAGAGAACCCAAUCUAUGGGCACGGAUGUCCUGUCAUCAUUGGCUGUCAGUGAGGAUGGCCGCUUCCUGGGCGUCGGCCACCUGUCCGGGGCAGUCGAAGUGUACAUCGCCUUCAGCCUCCAGAGACUGUACCGGGCCGAGCAUGCCCACAACAUAUUUGUCACGGGACUGGAGUUUCUCAAGUCAUGCGACGAGACGCGUCGCCUCGCGGGCAACUACGAUGCAUCUCUCAUCAGCAUAUCAGUGGACAAUCACAUCGUUGCGCAUCAUAUACCAUACCCAGCCACUAUGGGAAUCGCAGGCUUGCUCCUUAUGUUCGUCGGAGUGAUACUCUUGGUUUAUCUGCUGAUGGACUUCCUUGGACUCUGAGAAAGUGCAGUGGCUUCAAGAUCGCGACGUAGAUAUGGGUGCCCAAGUGCCGCGCUUAAGAAACAUCACGCCCGCUCCAGCGAGACGACAAGCAUUCCAAGCACAAGCAUCUCGAUACGGACUGUUGCCAGUUGUUGCCUUGUUACUAUUGGCCGGUUCGUUCGCAUUUGUGCCUGCCACGGCGAAGAGCUCUUUGCAGGCACUUGGUGGUUACUGCGAUCAAAAUCUUCUCACGUUGUGCGUGCUUUCGUCGCUCAGGGCAGCCACGGGCAUGCACAACUUGUACGAAGUACUCCUAGCAUUUAAGUACUACAUUCACACUACCCUCGGUUUCGUGCAUCAUUUGCAGCAGCAAGGUUUGUGUGAAAAAAAAAGAAGAAAAAAAUGUCGAAACACUGUUGUGAUCAGUGCCAUAAAGAAAGAAUGAAGCAUCAAAGAAAGCUGCAGUAGGCUUUCACGAGUACUAAGAAAAGCUAUUUCUGCAAGUUCUUUGAACCAUAAGACGUAGAUUGAACAGUAAUGCUCCUUGCCAUGCUGCUCUCUCCGUUACUGCUUCGCCCUGUCACCCGCUUUUUUUUCUUUAUUGUGCAUCGCAUAUUUUAAGUAUUCUAGGUUCCUGAACUGGGUGUAGUAAACAUUCAUUGAACUUAUUUUUCGCGAUGCAAAUGUCAGCGGGGUCUUUUGUACAGUUUUGCUGAAGAAAAUUUUAAGAGAGCCUGUUGCAAGAUUGGUUCUACUGUGAUGCUAUACUUGUACAAAGUAGUUCUAGGUUGUCCAAUGAAAGGUGCAGUUCUGAGUUCGUUUUUAGGUAUGACAAGUAUGUGUAUCGCUUUUAUUGUUUCUUUUCCCUUAUUAUAAUGUUCUUCGAUAGAAGGGAGCUUGUCGCAGAUGUGCAAUGCAUGAUCAAAACCUUGCUUGAAUUCAGUUGUAUGUACGUGGCAUGGUACAGUGAAACUUUUAACAUAACAUUGGCUAUACCUUUCAAGGCUCCACCUACCAUCUGUCAGCAGUGGACGUCUCUGUACUAGUCAUACCUGGAAAGACUAAUUUCAAAUAAAAGCUAUGCAGUUGAAGCAAAUA